AUGUGCGCGCAGCAGACCGAACUGGACGAGGAGGCCGACAAGUCCCGCGUCGAGCUGACCACCGAGCACGAGUACCUUGAGGAAGACGCUACGAGGUCCUUCACGUCGGCCAACUUCGCCAUCGUGCUGGAGGAGAUCAAGGCGCUGGACGACUUCAAGAUCGUCGACACCCUGAGCAGCAGCUUCGGCGACAAGGUCUACACGUUGGAUCUCCAUGGCGAGCUCUUCAAUGUGCUGCAGUCCGACGACCGCGUCGGCCGCCGCGACGGUGUCGUCUUCAAGUGCAGCUGCCGGAAGAUGGAGCGCGACGGCCUACCGUGCCGGCACAUCCUCCACGUGCUGCGGCAUGAGAGGGCAUCCACCAUACCGAAGCGCUGCAAGCUGGGACGGCUGCGCCGGUGGGGUGACACAAGGUGCGAGAGGCUCGGUGAGACGGAGGCGCUGGGGCGGCAGGUGUUCGACCUGGCGCCGCGGGACGCCAAUGAGUUUGAGGAUAUCAAGGGGUUCCUGCAAGAUUGGCUGCAGGAGAGGCGAGGCCACUGCCCCGCUUGGGCCUUGCGUCUUUAUGAGUAG